AUGAGACCGUUCAUGACGUUGCUGGCCUUGCUCCUCUCGGCUGUCACCUCUGUGACGGCCGAGAGGAUCCUGUCCUCCAAUUCGUUGAACAGCUGUCAGCGCCAAUCACUCUUUACCGCGAGUCUCUUCAAAGUCACUAUUACACCCAACAACUCUAUGGCCACCGUCGACCUCUCCGCCUCGGCCUCGGUAGAAGGAUACGUCAUCUUUGACGUUUCUCUCGAUGUUUACGGUUACCGAUUCUUCCACGACAAGUUCGACCCUUGCAACGGCGAACUCAAGCUGUCCCAGAUGUGCCCUAUGACGCCCGGAAACAUCGACUCGAAGUUCAAUUUUGAUCUUGGCGAUACCCUGGACCGUAUCCCGGGAAUUGCCUACGGCAUUCCUGAUCUGGACGCUACCAUUCGCGCCUUUAUCAACUUGACUGAUACUGGCGAGAGUGUUGCUUGUGUAGAGGCUGACUUCGGUACGGGCAAGACGGUUGAACAGAUCUCGGUGAAGUGGGUUACUGCCAUCAUCAUUGGACUUGGUCUUGUUUCGUCUGCCGUCACCUCCCUCCUCGGCUAUGGCAAUGCGGCCGCGCAUUUGGCUGCCAACACACUCUCUCUGUUUAGCUAUUUCCAGGCGCAGGCCAUCGUCGGCUUGACCGGUAUCCAUAUGCCCCCGAUCGUGGAGGCCUGGACGCAGAACUUCCAGUGGACCAUGGGUAUCAUCAAGAUGAGCUGGAUGCAAGACAUCUUUACGUGGUAUCAGCGAGCCACUGGAGGUGCCCCCGCCAGUAUCUUUCACUUCCUCGGGUCAGCCUCUGUCCAGGUUGCAAAGCGUUCUCUUGACGCCGUCGUGCCCCGAAGCGUCAUGCAUCACGCAGCUCGUGGUAUCGAUGGCCUUGUCAAGAGGGGCAACAUUGAACUCGCUAGCGGAUCCUACAUUGUGUAUGGCAUGCAGCGCGUUGCUUUCCGCUCCAAGAUUGAGACGACCAAUCUCUUCCUGACCAGCCUCGUCUUCUUCAUUUUGACUCUUGUCUUUGCGACCAUCAUUGUCGUCCUCUGCAAGUUUGCGCUUGACUUGUGUGUCAAGCAGGCCUGGGUCAAGCGUGAUCGCUUCCUCGAGUUCCGAACCGAAUGGCGAACCAUCCUCAAGGGCAUCCUUCUCCGUCUCAUUUACAUGGGCUUUCCUGGAAUUACCAUCCUUUCUGUCUGGGAGUUUACUCAGGCCGACUCUCCUGCCCUUGUUCUCCUUGCCGUGUUCUACUUCCUCGGCAUGCUCCUCAUCCUCGUCACCGCUGCCUUCACUAUCAUCCGUCUCGCUGCGUUCAAGAACCCGACCUACAGCCUUUUUGCCGACUCGAGUGUCUUGAACAAGUGGGGAUUCCUCUACAUCCAGUUCCGUGCCUCGGGCUACUACUUUAUCGUCCCUCUCAUCGCCUACAUCUUGGUCAAGGGCUUCUUCAUUGCCCUCGGCCAGCACAAUGGCGAUCUGCAGGCCAUCGCCCUCGUCGUCAUUGAGGCGGCUCCUAUGAUCACGAGCACUGUUAUGCUGCCCUACAUGGACAAGAGCACCAACUCGCUGAACAUCGCCAUCUACGUCCUCAACUUCCUCAACGCCAUCUGCCUUGUUCUUCUCACCAACGUUUUUGGAAUGCCGGCUAUGGGCCCCUCUGUCACUGGUGUUAUUCUGGUCUUGUUCAAUGCCGCCUUCUCGUUGAUCUUGCUGCUCAUGACCAUCAUCUCGAGUGCCAUGGUCUUCUGGCAGAAGAACCCAGACUCCCGAUUCCCCUUUAUGGCUGAUGACCGAGCAUCGUUCAUGAAGUCUCAGACUCAGGUUGACACUCUCACUGAGUUGGAUGCCCUCGCUGCCACAGCUCGCCUUGAUAGGGUGCCCAUGCGUUCGUCAGAGGACUUGACACCUCCUCGAUUCCCCGCUGAUGACAUACCUUCGACUUCCUCCGUGCGAUCGGAGAGCCCGUCGAAGCCUCUCAAGCAGGUUUGA